ACAAGAGUGAUGAGCUCGAGUUCCAGAACAAAAAGGAAGGGAGUCACACAACCAACCCAAAGAAAAGCAAAGGAAUGCAGCGCUAAUGGCGGAGUGGUUGGAGCAGUUGGGUGACGUGGGAUCGGUAGCUCUUAAUAGAGGAGAGCCAUCGAUCCCCCAAUGUACGCGUCGGUCGAUCAUCUCAAGCUGCUUCUUCUGCCUCGCCAGUGAACUCCAUCCACCAUGCCGAGGCCAUGGAGGCCGAUCGCUGCCGGCAAGUGCUGCACCGCGGACGACCACGUGGUGUUGGGGAACCUGAGCCGCUGCCGGCCGACGCGAGCAGACCUCUCCAAGAAGGUGGCGGAGCUGCGGUUCUUCCGCCGUCUCUCCUCGUCGGAUCUCGGCAGCAGCCCCUGCUCGGCUCGGUUGAACGCCAACGACGAGUUCUCGCACUCGUUCGGCGCGGGCCUGUACGCCUUCCAGCUGAGCGAGCUAAAGGCCAUCACGCACGACUUCUCCAGCAACUUCUUGCUCGGGGAGGGCGGCUUCGGCACCGUGCAUAAGGGCUACAUCGACGAGAGGAUGCGGCCCGGGCUCAAAGCUCAGGCCGUCGCCGUCAAGCUCUUGGAUGUCGAGGGGCUACAGGGGCACAGGGAAUGGCUGGCAGAGGUGAUAUUUCUGGGGCAGUUCAGGCAUCCGCAUCUGGUGAAGCUCAUCGGCUACUGCUGCGAGGACGAGGAGCGUCUCCUCGUCUAUGAAUUCAUGCCUCGUGGCAGCCUCGAGAACCAUCUCUUUAGGAGGAUAUCCAUGGCUCUGUCAUGGGGAACGAGGCUAAAGAUUGCGAUUGGAGCUGCAAAGGGCCUCGCCUUCUUACACGGCGCCGAGAAGCCCGUCAUUUACAGAGACUUCAAGACCUCUAAUAUCCUGCUGGAUCAUGACUUCACUGCAAAGCUCUCUGAUUUCGGGCUGGCAAAGAUGGGCCCCGAGGGCGAAGACACCCAUGUCACGACCAGGGUGAUGGGAACUCACGGUUACGCCGCUCCCGAGUACGUCAUGACAGGGCACUUGACGACCAAGAGCGACGUGUAUAGCUACGGCGUCGUGUUGCUGGAGCUGUUAACGGGAAGGAGAGCCAUGGACAAGACGAAGCCCAAGAACGAGGAGAAGCUGGUGGACUGGGCUAAGCCCUACUUGACCAGCAGCAGGAGACUACGCUGCAUCAUGGAUCAUAGGCUUGCAGGGAGUUACUCCACCAAAGGAUCUCGUGAGGUGGCGUCGCUGGCACUGCGAUGCAUCAGCCCUAACCCAAAAGACAGGCCUCAGAUGUCGACGGUGGUCGAGACUCUCGAAGGACUGCAGCACCUCAAAGACAUGGCGGUGAGCUCAGGUGCAUGGCCUCCCAUCGUUGGCAGGCAUGCAAUUUCGGCUAAAACGAAGCUGGACAACAUGGCGAAUGCCCGCCGAAGGAGCAUCUCCACCAAAUUAGCUUGAGCUCCACUUCCCUCUGCAACUAUAAAGAUCAUUAGCUCUACAUUUGUCGGAAGCUGAUGCUCUUUGCUAUGUUUUCCAAUUUAAUCAAGCUUAAUGCAGAUGAACAUUAUCCGAUCAU